GGAAGUCCCUUGUGCGUUUCCGCAAUACGGAAGUGAGCGGAGCGCAGUCGUGCUGAACCGAGGAAGGGCUGGAGACGUUUAUUUACUACAACUAAAUGAGGCUGUGGAAGUAAACAUUAACCAGGAUUACACCCACGGCAACCCUUGGCGAAGCAGGCGACGCUGCUGGUUCUUUGCCCGAAGGCUCAGCAUGGAGCCGACUGCUUCCGGCAUGUUCUGCGACAGGAUGCUCAGCAUGGUCAAUUCUGAGGAUGUGAACGCCAUCAUCCAGGCGCAGAGGCACAUAUUGUUUUAUUUAUUUUUUAAUUGCAGAACACUGAAGGGCAAGGUUGCAAAGCAGUAUCCAGAUGCCUUUAGUAACGUCCACGAGUCUCCCAUCCUGGAGGACGACGACGACGAGUUUGACCACAUCGCCCCGAGCACGGCCACUACCUCGGCCACCUCUGAGCAGAGCACGGAGUCCGGCGCCUCCAGCCCCGACAUCAUCUCGCCCACGGCGAGCCGCUGCUCGGAGGACUCCUGUCAGGAGCAGCCGGACACGCCCCCCUCGUCCUGCCAGAGGCAGCCCUGCAGCGGGGAGGAGGACGCGGAGCAGUGAGCACUGGAGUGGGCCCCGGUGGUCCUGCACGGACAGUUGGCUACUCUCGGCUGACUGGGAGCAGGCCGUCCUGACCCGUGUGGCGUUUGCACAUGCCUUGUGAGUUAGUUGCCUGAAGAAAGGCGCAGGCCCGGGUCACACUCGGAGCGCUCGCUGCACACCAGCUGAUACUUGAAUAUUGCACCCACCAGGGGGGGACAAAAAUGUCCUUAUAUCAGUUGUCAUUCGUUGGUGAUCGUGAUCGUCGUGAUUCUUAUCUGAAUAACCGGGGUCGUAUGCGUUUUCACCACUUACAUGAAAUGUGAAUGUGUCUAAC